AUGGAUGAAUCGAACGGCAUCUCACCGUCAGAGAAGCUUACAGACACCAUUGAAAAACAGUUGAAGGUGGAAAAUGAUAUACAGGACAUUUACGAUGAGGUUUUAGCUCAAGGGUCAGAUAAAUUCCCAACUCUACACCGGAAAGCGCAUUUGAAGUAUACUGGAUUAUUCCUUCAUCGAGAGCUUCCUUCAGCUAUGUACAAAUUGGAUGCAUCUCAUCCAUGGAUAAUCUACUGGUUACUAAAUGCGCAUUUACUACUUGGUGGAACCACUGAAGACAAAAUGGGCGAAGAGGUGGCUCGUGUUAUACUCUCGUACAUUUAUGAGACAGACAGAUAUCAGGGAAUCUCUGGAGGAUACGGACAAUUGCCGCAUUUGGCUUCCACUUACGCGGGAAUAAUGUCACUAGCUUUAGUUGGUGACGAAAAAUGGUACGCCAAACUUAACAGAACCAAGAUCUACACGUUUUUGGUGAGCCUAAAACUCGAAAAUGGAUCGUUUCGAAUGGUGCAAGGAGGUGAAAGCGACUGUAGGGCCACUUACUGUGCACUUUGUGUGGCCUCUAUACUUGGAAUCCUCGAUGAAAAGCUCAUCAAAGGCACUGCAGAGUGGUUUGCAAGAUGCCAAACUUAUGAGGGUGGAUUCGGCGGAGAACCUGGUGACGAAGCCCACGGUGGUUACACCUUCUGUGCACUUGCAGGUCUCUGCAUCCUUGCACCACCAUCAAGAAUCGCACAGAUUAUCGACAUACCCACGUUGGUUAGAUGGACAUGCAAUCGCCAAUAUGCUAUUGAAGGGGGACUAAGUGGCAGAACCAAUAAGCUGGUGGAUGGAUGCUACAGUCACUGGGUUGGAGGUAUGUCAGCAUUGCUAGAAUGUGUAAGCGGAUAUGGGCAGGUUGUCAACAGGACCGGCUUGCAAAACUAUAUUUUGUGCUGUUGCCAGGCUCAGCCUUUUGGACUUAUAGACAAACCGGGAUGUAACCCUGACUUCUAUCAUACCAAUUACGUGCUCUGUGGACUUAGCAUGUGCCAACAUUUUCAGGUAUAUAACGAGAAACUGGGAGAAAAAGAAGGUUAUGCCUUUGGAUACCAACAAAUCCGGAUCAACGACGACACUAUUAUUGAUAACUUAGAAGCUAACAGGGUGUUACCAUUGGAUCCGAUAUUUGGUCUUCCUGCUGGCUACUCCAGAACCAUGAGAGACUAUUUUAGGGAUUGA